AUGAUUAUCAACGGAGCUGUACUGGGUUUGGCCACAGCUGCACUGAUCCUUUUUGGGCAUGUGGUGUGCAGUGACCCAACCGCACAAUACAAGAACUUGCUCCGCACGCUGGAUGAGAGCGUGAAUCUUGUUGCUCCUGGUGAAGUGGACCCUCAGUACAGCAAUGUCUCCCUCAGUCUCCACCUAAUCAACAUCGUUGAGGUGAACACAAAGCAGCGGUUCCUAGACGCCACUUUCUACAUGCAACAGUCGUAUAAAGAUCCUCGCGUCUCAUGGGAUUCGCUUGGGCCAAAGAAGCUCUUACUUCCGGCUGAUAAGGUGUGGGCACCGGAUUUCGAAGUGUACAACGGUUUGGCACCAAUCGAAUACCUCACCGCACGAACCGCUUUACUGUACUCAAGCGGAGAAGUCAUGCUGGUGCCAGCGGUCAGAAUAAAGGUGCCGUGUCAGACAAGCGACAACAACAACAACGUGACAUGCACCCUGAUUAUUGGGUCCUGGUCGCACGAUGGCAGCGAGGUGAACCCGGUUGUCGACGGUUCAGAACCCUACGUGAAAGAAUUGGUUCCUAAUCAAAGCUGGAACCUUGCCGACAGCUCCGCAGAACUCAAGUUGAAAACGUGCGAAUUAUUCGAAAGUGUGUAUCCUUCUGUAGUGUAUAGCUUCACAUUCCAACGUCGACCGAAAAAGUGUGUUGAAGAAUAG